GAUUAAUAUGUCUGAGUCUCGCUGGUUUUCUAUAUAAAAUUGUAAAUGACUCGUAAGUUAUUUUUUGCAGUAUUUCCCUCCUUGGAGAACUAUCAUUCGGAGGCAAACGAGGUGGAUGAAUCGGUGUACCCAUGGGUCGGUAAAGUAGUGCAUUCGCCACACCACGACUACCCGGUCGUGUGCACUGCAUCUUGUAUCGACAACAAUAUAUUCAUUACGUCUGCUAGAUGCUUGUUUAGCUUAAGACCCUUGUACACCAGGGUGUUUUACAAUGGCAAUAGCUUUUCGGCAAAAGCAUUUGUGACGCCUUCGAAUGUUACUAGGCAAAGUUUCGAUGACAUUGGUUUUAUAAUAGUUCUAAGCAACGACAGUUACACCAGAGAGUGGGCCACAAUUGAUAUUUAUAAUGAAAGACGCACAGAUGAUACUUACUAUUGGUUUGCAGAAUAUUUAAGAAUAAGAGGGCCCGGUGAUCAUAUUGCUGUCGGUUGGACAGUCCAUAAGACCCAACACAAAAUUAAGAAACCAAGAACGCAAUACAAGCUCACAGCCUUAGAAAUUGUACUCGGCUUAGAUUUAUGCGCUGAAAUAUUCACGGUUAAUUUCAAAAUUAAGGGUUUCUACGUACCUUGCUAUUUCGGGUGUGAUAUUAAAGAAUUUAGAGCUAACGAUACUAAAUGCGAACGUGCACAUGGAGCCGAAGGAGGUGCUAUAGUGAACACAAAAACGAACAUGUUACUGGGUGUUGCAACAUGGGGCGCCUAUUACCAAAAAAGGGAGUUGCCAUUAGGUUUCUCUGUUGCAAAUUCAGAUAAUUUCUUCAAGGAUAAAAAAUGUGCUAUUAAUAUUAGAAAUGAUAAUGAGAGAAACCCGCCAAGCAAUUAUUUGCAAUCUCUGUGUCCUGAAGAAGACGGUAAACGUUGAUGAAUUACUUUUCUUCGUUUAGAGCGUACUGUCAGACCCUAUUUAGGUGUGUAAAACUCCAAUACUGUAGAAAACACUUUUAAUCGCUGAACAUUGAAAUUAUUACACAAUUUUACUAUUACACAUCGGUUUAUAAUAAAAAAUACUCGACGACGUGAACGGCGGUCUCCGCCAUCUUGUGAUCAAAGCGCGGGAGGCGAGGUCUGGCGGGGGUGUACGGUCAGCGCCAUAUCUUUUUAAUUUGUGCCAGCGCCUUUUUUUCCAUCCUCCAAAGCCAGCGCCGACAGAAGCCGAGCGCGGCAAAAUUUUACUAACUUCGAGUGCUGCAUAUUACGGCGUUAUACGUGUAGUUUAUGGGCCAACUACUCGUAUACUAAGCGACCGUACAAUGCCACCCGCGUUCAAAUUACAAUAAUAUUUUUAGAGCUAUCAAAUUGCCAAGAUACUGCAGUGAUUCGGAAAUGUUUUUGUUGCUGCUGCGAUUAGAAAGAGAGUUUGUGUUCGAAACUAUUAAUAUAUAAUAGCAAUAAAGCCGCUAUAACUCGCAGUUGCGAAUGCGACUCGACUAUGCUGCGAUAUUGGGUUGGAACUCAGAGUCGAUACAACCUCAAAUGGCUUUAGUUGAUUCCGCAUAGCAGUGAAAGUGUUGAAUUAAUCACUUUAGCAAAAAUGUACAGUAAAAUUGAGGAUAUGCAUUGAUUAGUACGGUGUGAAAAACACGAUCCGUAAAAGUUUUUACCAUCGAAAAAAAACAGACUUAUAUGGAAAAUUUACAAGAAAACCGCUGUAUUCAAUAGGUACUUUACAUACACCAAUUUUUUUUUAUAUCAACUGAACUAAGUAAAAUGUACAGUAUACGAUAAAAACCAAACGACGUUAAUUUCGUUUGUAAAAAAGAUAAAGCCAGUAUUCCUGCCUAUUAACUGCCUUGCCAUGUAGAGGUCCCAGGUUCGAUUCCCGGGCUGGGAGAAAUAUUUGUAUGGCCUACAUUUAUUUAUCUCGUGAGUUUGGGUGUAAUUUGUGGUUGGUUGUCUAUGUGUGUGUCCAUGGCACCCGCGACACAGGGUUUCCCUAGUGCGGGGCUAUAUUGAGUGUGUGUGUGUGAGUUCGACACGCACAAUAGAAUCGAUUUAAUAGGGGAUAAAUAUGAAUUCAAGCUGUGGUAGUAUCGACUCUUUACGUGGAUAAUGGUGUUUAUUGGAUAUUAUAAUGUGUUAAUGUUAUUUAAUUUCUAAUUCUAAAUUUUUGUCAUUCUAUGCAUUUGUUAUACCUGAAAUAACUUAUUAUUAUUAUUAUUUAAUUAAG